CAUGCGCGGGCGGCCAUGCGAUGGCGGUCGGUGGUGCUGGGGCUGCUGCUGGCGCGGCUCGGGCUGCAGGCGCUGCUGGCGCUGCUCCCCGCGCUGGCCCGCGGGCUGGGCCUGCACCCCCGCCCGCCCUGCCCCGGGCCCGGCCCCGCAGCGCCCGCCCUGCCCGCGGGCCGCGCGGCGCCGCUGUGGGGGCCGGCGCGGGGCGAUGAGUACGAGCGGCGCUACAGCCGCGCCUUCCCCCCGCAGCUGCGGGCGCGCCUGCGGGACGCGGCCCGCGGCAUGUUCGUGUUCGGCUACGACAGCUACAUGGAGCACGCCUUCCCGCGGGACGAGCUCGACCCGCUGCACUGCCGCGGCCGCGGGCCCGACCGCGGGGACCCCUCCAACCUCAACAUCAACGAUGUGCUGGGGAACUACUCGCUGACACUGAUCGACGCGCUGGACACGCUGGCGGUAAUGGGAAACUCCUCAGAAUUCCAGAAGGCAGUGAAGUUGGUGAUUGACACAGUUUCAUUUGAUAAAGACUCAACAGUCCAAGUUUUUGAGGCAACAAUCAGGGUUUUGGGAAGCCUGCUGUCUGCACAUAUCAUAAUUACAGACAGCAAGCAGCCUUUUGGUGAUAUGACCAUCAAGGACUACGACAAUGAGCUGCUGCACUUGGCUCAUGACCUGGCUGUGAGGCUGCUCCCGGCCUUUGAGAACACCAAAACUGGGAUCCCCUACCCUCGGGUGAACCUGAAGAAGGGGGUUCCUGCAGACAGCCACAACGAGACGUGCACAGCAGGAGCUGGGUCCUUGCUGGUGGAGUUUGGGAUCCUCAGCAGGCUGCUUGGUGACUCCACGUUUGAAUGGGUGGCCAGGAGAGCUGUCAAGGCCCUCUGGAGCCUCAGGAGCAAUAACACUGGACUGUUAGGAAAUGUUGUGAAUAUCCAAACUGGCCAUUGGGUUGGAAAGCAAAGUGGAUUGGGAGCAGGGUCAGAUUCAUUCUAUGAGUACCUGCUGAAGUCCUACAUCCUCUUUGGAGAAAAGGAAGACUUGGAGAUGUUCAACGAUGCCUAUCGGAACAUCCAGAACCACUUAAGGAGAGGUCGAGAGGCCUGCAAUGAAGGUGAGGGUGACCCUCCCCUGUAUGUGAAUGUGAACAUGUACACGGGCCAGCUCAUGAACACCUGGAUUGACUCUCUGCAAGCCUUUUUUCCUGGGCUGCAGGUGUUGAUAGGAGAUGUGGAAGAUGCUAUUUGUCUCCAUGCUUUUUAUUAUGCCAUCUGGAAACGUUAUGGAGCUCUCCCAGAAAGGUACAACUGGCAACUGCAGGCACCCGACGUUCCCUUCUACCCUCUGAGGCCCGAGCUGGUGGAGUCCACAUAUCUUCUCUAUCAGGCCACAAAGAACCCGUUUUACCUUCAUGUGGGAAUGGAUAUUCUGCAGAGUUUGGAAAAAUAUACAAAAGCAAAGUGUGGCUAUGCCACGUUGCACCACGUGGUAGAGAAGACGAAGGAAGAUCGAAUGGAGAGCUUUUUUCUCAGUGAAACCUGUAAAUAUUUGUACCUGUUGUUUGAUGAAGAGAAUCCAGUGCAUAAAUCUGGAAAUAAGUUUAUGUUUACUACUGAGGGGCACAUUGUGUCUGUGGAUGAACGUUUUCGGAACUCCCUGUGGGAAGACAUCCUCCCUGGGGAAGAGGACAGCGCAGAGAAAACCAAACCCAAUGAGUUGAAGGCAGCCAACUUCAGCUCCAACUGUAACAGAGUUCCUGACGAGAGGAGGUACCUGCUGCCACUGAAGAGCAACUACAUGAGACAGAUCGAUCAGAUGGUGGGACUGAUCUGAGGGGCUCUCCAGAGAAACCUUGAUCAGGAGGAGUGUGGGAUUUAUCUGCAGACUUUCCUCCCCCUUCAGCUACUCACCUGCAUCCACUGAGUCUCCUGGGUAUCCCCUGUGCUUGUUGUCAGUUCUAGACAUGAAGGGAGAUCGAGUUCAACCUUCUGAACUGUGGUAACCUCACAGGCCACCUGAACAGAGAUCUCUUGUUUUAAGACUUCCUAUGAAAAAUGUUGUUGCAAAUGAAGGCUGAAUAAGUUUUAAAAGAAAAAGAAAGGAAAUUGGCAUGUGCCACUUAGCUACCUCUUUGUAGCUGUAUUACAAAUGUCCCUCUAGAGAAGGGUCUGCUAUUUAAUUUGAAGUGAUCUCGGGGUUGGGGAAGGAAUGGGAAAGUGCAAUUUCUUACACCAAGUUGAAUUAUAGAAUUAUUCUGACUAGCAAUACACAACCUUAAGUACUACUCAGGUAGGAGCCCACUGGGUUUUGCUGAAACAAAAAUGCUCCAUUUAGUCUUGAAAAGAUAACUCGUGGUGGUGUAAAAAGCUCUUGGUAUAGUCUGAUAUCCCUCAUACAGCUGUGUGGAACUUGCAGUGUUGCAAGAGCCUGUAGCUAUAGAAACCAGUGAGAAAACAAAUCCAGGUGCCUUUUUGUAAGGGAAUGGGGGGAGGGAAGGGGGAAAUUGCAGAGCCACUCAGCUUUUCAGGCAGCUGAGCACUCAGCUGAGCAGAAGUUCCCAAAGUUUCCUUGUUUGCCAUGUUUUAGUGCCUUUUCAGGAGACUGCUGCUAAGAACUGCUGUAACAGUACAUGAAGAACAAACUAUUUCACAUUCCUGACAGCAUUGAUGUGUUAGUGCCUUACGUUUUCUUCACUAGCAGGGGAAACUGAGCUUCCUCAGGAAGAUGGAUACAGUAUUUCUAAUGAGCUGGUUGCAAGAUACAAAGGAACCCAAAGCCACUUAAAAAGAGAUGAUUUCCCCCCCUUUUUCUUUUUUUUUUAUUAUAAGAUACUGGAAAAAUAUCAUCUGUGAACCUUCAGGAAGGAGGCAGUUAAGGGAUUGAGGGAUGGCAAAAAACUGAGGCCAAAACAACUUGUUCUGAAUAUAACAGAUUUUUUUCCAGUGGUUCCCCGUUGCUUACAUGUUUUUAACUUUUGACUACAGUUGAAGUAGCAGAAUGUUACUUUUGGGUUAAUUAUUUUUUAAAUUGAAGCUUAAAUACAAGGACAAACUUGGUCUGUAUUUUCACCUUCUUACAACAGCAUUGGUUUUCAUAAACCACGUGUUGCAAUUCAAAACAUUUCUAAUAAAUAUGAAGUUUGUGCUGGA